UUUACCACCACAUUUUUUCUUUCCCUCUCCCCAAAAAUUUUUUGCUGCCACAUUCCCCCCUUACCUUCUCGAUCCCUAAGCAUUUUGGUCCCUCUUUUCUCACAAUCUCUCGCUCACUGGAGCUGCAUAGGAGCAGCAACAGCCGGGAAGAGCGAUCACAGGGCGACAGUGAGGGUCCGGAUCAUGGGAGCGUGCACGACGGAGGCUAGGACGUGAUCUGGAGUUCCAGAUCUACUGAUCUAGGUUACUUUCCAUUUCUCGGUUUUCUCCUCCAUUUUUUUUUGUCGCAUUCAUCCUAUAGCGAUGGGAUCUCUUUCCCAUGAGAGAAAAUAUGAUAUCUUUGCUCCUCCCUCGUCUCCUUGUGCGUUGAAGUACAUCGAGCAUCAUGUAUCCAAGUUGGACACACUUGCAGGCAUCUCCAUAAAGUACGGUGUUGAGAAAUCUAUUGCUUCACCUGGGCAUGGAAUUCUUGCUGUCGAUGAAUCAAAUGCUACAUGUGGAAAGAGGCUUGCUUCAAUUGGUCUGGAGAAUACAGAACAAAACCGCCAAGCUUAUAGACAGCUUUUGUUGACCACCUCGGGUCUAGGUGCAUAUAUAUCUGGGGCUAUUCUUUAUGAGGAAACACUAUACCAAUCGACCACAGAUGGAAAGAAGUUCGUGGACUGCUUACACCAUGAGAAAAUUAUGCCCGGUAUUAAGGUUGAUAAGGGUUUGGUCCCAUUACCUGGAUCAAACAAUGAAUCUUGGUGCCAAGGAUUGGAUGGAUUGGCCUCAAGAUGUGCUGAGUAUUACAAACAAGGUGCACGUUUUGCUAAAUGGAGAACAGCUGUUAGCAUUCCUUCUGGACCUUCUACUCUGGUUAUUAGGGAGGCUGCAUGGGGACUUGCUCGUUAUGCUGCUAUUGCCCAGGUUGCUAUUCCUCUACAUCAGCUCAAAUAUGCUAAUUCAUCAACAAGCAAAUUAAAAAGAAACCUGGAGAAAAGUAUAUCCAUGUUGUGUCGGUCGAUAACCAUGAAUUUUGGUUCAUGGGGUUUAUGCACUACGAUAGUGCCGCAAAGAGUUUACAGGAUGCUUUGCAUGACGCACAGAACACAAAACCAGUAACAACGGCUUCAAGUGUCUAAGUUCAUUCAAGAAUCUAGAAACCGGAUUGCUCGACGUCCCCAAGGACACCUAAUAAUUGCCAUCGGUGCAUCUAUCUUUGAUCUAGAACCUGUGCUCAUCCUGUAUCUCAGCGUUCUUUCAAGGCAAUUACUUAAUCACUUAGUUACUUCUGAUUCUCCUUCAGGUUUUUGUCUUAUUUUUUUGCAAGGUUCUAUAAUUUUCACAUGGCUUGUGUUAGACCUGAAUGUUCAUAUCAUAUAUUGCUUUGACCAAUGAUUUUGUCGCUACCUUUGUCUAGAACAAGGGUGAGCAUUUGCCUCUAUGAUAUAGGUGGUGCCAUGAUAUUAGUUGAGAACUAGUGGCAAACAAGCCUUUUUUAAAGACAGUCUUCUAGGUGAUGCUGAGACUGUUUAGUCCUCGUAAGACCACUCUACUCUUUGUUAUACGAGAUAAAACAAGGAUCUCCUGAUGUCUUAUCAAAGGAGUGGAAAGAUUGGACUUUUUGAUGGAGCUGGUGUGGGAAGACUGGAUUUAUUAUGGAAUUGAUGAUCAACAAUGUUGGAAAAGGUUGACAUGGAAGAAUCAACAAGUGAGAAAGAGGAGUCCAAUGAAAUUCUACAAGUUGAAGAUUGUGAUAGAGCUUGGGUUGAUAAUAAUUACUUGCAAUCCUACAUGGCAUGAACCACCAUCACAAGUUUCUAAUAUUUUGACUGUUGUUCAUUAGUUAUAAAUAGAGUUUAUUUGUUUAUUUGUAUUGGGAUAAAUUUUAUUUGAAUAUUAGACAUGUUUCUUCUUUUGUGAUUGUAAUUCUUAUAUAAGUAAUAUUUUGAAUGACAUUGAUGUGGAGAAUA